CGACAGCCCCAUCAGUCUUCCACAAUGGCACGGGGAGAGAGCGCGCCGCUCGUGGCGCCGUCGACGCCCAAAGACGAGUUCCGUCAUCUCUUGCUCCUCGCGCUGCCUCUGAUCGUCUCGCAAGUGCUCGAGUACCUGCCCAACGUCGUCAACGGCAUGCUUACGGGGCAUCUGGACACGACCAGUGCGAGCGAAGCGCGGCUGCUCCUUUCGGCGAACGGCCUCAGCGGUCUCUACUUUACUGUGUUCAUUUACAGCGCCGCCAUCGGCGUCGGCACGGCGCUUGACGGCCUCUGCGCACAAGCCUACGGCAAAGGCGCCAUCGACGAGAUUGGCGUCCUGCUUCAAACGGCCUGCAUGGCGUCGUCGGCGCUCGUGUUGCCGCUCAUUGCACUCUGCAUGUUUUCCAGCCAUCUUUUGCUCGCCUUGGGCCAGCCCCUCGAUGUGGCGCUGGCGACGCAAGCGUACACGCGUCUCAUGGCCAUCGCGAUUCCCUUUGUCUUUGGCUACGAGAUCCUCAAGCGCAUCCUGCAGGGCCAGAAUGCUGUUUUGCCGAUUGCCUCUGCCUUUUUCGGGGCCAAUAUUGUCAACGGCGUCGUGUCCUACGGCUUGCUCUACCAUACGUCGAUGGGCUACACGGGGUGUGCACUCGCGUUUCCUUGCAUGUAUGCGGCGGGCGGCGCGCUCUUGUACCCCAAGGUCGCGCAGCUGCAGCAUUUGCAAGAGAGUACGUGGUGCUGGCAAAGUGCGUGGCAGCGCAUGCCUCUCUUCCUUCUCCGGAGCUUUUACGGCUGGGCGAUGUUUGUGUUUGAGCUUGCGGGCGUCUCGAUCUCGUCGUUCUUGGCCGGUGGGCUCCCGAAUGCGACAGCCGCGAUCACGGCCACGUCCAUCUACAUGGGGUUUCGCAUGAUCUUUUCCAUGGUGUACCUCGGUCUUGGUAUCGCCGUCUCGAUUCGGGUCGGAAACGCGCUUGGUGCUCAUCAACCACAGCGCGCCAAGACGGCGGCGUGGCAAACGCUCUACAUGAGCGUCGUCUGGGCCAUCCUCUCAGGGCUCGCCAUGGUUCUUGUCGGGGGCUACUACGCCGAGCUCUACACGCAUGACGCUGCUGUCUUGAGUCUUGUGAACGAGCUCUUGUGGGCGACGGCGCCACUGCAAGGAACGAUGGCGAUCUGGGGCGUCGUGCAAGGGGUCUUUCGAGGCAGCGGCACGCCGCACGAAGGCGCGACGCUCAACUUGAUUGGUUUCUUCUUGCUUGGCCUUCCGCUCGGCUAUGUGCUGGCGUUCCAUGGUGGCUUUGGCGUGCUCGGUCUCUGGCUCGGCGUCUACGCCGGCUUUGGCGUCUGUGCGGCCUACGGCCUCUACUGGCUCAUUACGGUGCAGUGGGAAAGCUUGGUGGCCAAGGUUGACGACACGCUCGGUGUCUAAGGGAGAUGCCUGAGAGAGUCCACUGGAAGCAUGACCAGGUUCAACAAGUUGAAGUGUUGUAUGCGC